AUGUCUGAACGUGCCCCCAGCGGCAAUGCUGCCGAGGGCGCCAUCGACUUGGCUCGAUCUGCCCAAGCUCUGGCCUCGUCCUCUCCCGCUGUGCGCAUCGCUGAGCUGCAGCUUCUCGGCGAGGCAGUGGCUCGGAAACCAUCCGACGAGGAGCUCUCCUCCCAAACACUACAACUCCUCUUCAACACCCACGCCGCUUACCAGGAUCGCGAAUCCAGGCUGGCCGCUCAGAAAUGCCUGAUAUCAAUCGUCACACGGGAAGCUCCUUCAUCGACACUUCAGCUACUGGUCCAGACGCUACAACAGGAGUCCUCGAAGCAGGGAAUUGCCACCUCCAGCGCCUUUGUCUUGGUCGAGUGGUGCAGCGUUCUGCUGCAACAUUUGUCCGAGGCUUCGUGGGCAACGUUCGGUAAUGAUAUCCUGCUGGCAUAUGCAGAUGCCUUGGAGAAGUGUGUGCGGCCGUCCUCCAGGCCCACAGUGGCCCAUUCAGCCAUCAUAGUCACUCGAAGGGGGUUUCGAAAACUAUUCAGUUCCCCAACCUCGGGCCCCCGCAACGUAAUCGAUGCCGUGACCAACUUGACGUCGACACGCAGCAAGCCUACUGCCAGGUACUCCGUCAUUUUGGGGGUCAUCGCUGGAGUUGCUGCUCGUCGGCCUGUGGUGCGACCUACGCUGGAAUCCCUGAAGCCCAAGUACUACGAGUUCUAUAAUCGCGAAAUUCUGGGUUCUCGAACUGCAUUGCCGGGUCACAUCGCAGCCGGAUUGGGCGACUUCUUCUCUAGCUUUGCGGUGCUUGAUGAGUUCCAGACCCAAGUUGUUCCAACUCUGGAAAAGAGCUUGCUCCGUACUCCUGAAGUAAUCCUGGGCGGCGUCCUCCAAAGCCUAGUCAAAGAUUUGCCAGCCGAAUUCGACCUCUCAAGCUUGCUGACCGGCAAGCUCCUGAAACUCCUACUUUCAAACGUCAAAUCCACCAACGUCUCGAUACGAAAUGGCGUCCUUGCUUCUUUCCGUGCCAUUAUUGCAAGAUGCCACGAGCCGGACUCAAUCGACAACACCAUCGAGGAGAUUGGGGGACCCCUGAAGGCGGGCAAGAUGGCGUCCGCUGAGCAACGUGUUCUCCAUGCAGAAAUGAUUCAGGCAAUCCCCCUUACUUGCCCAAGCGCCCAAAAGGUGACUACUUCUUUGGCAACCGUUGCUGGCAAGGAAGGAAACGAGGUAGCGUUGGCCGCCGAGACAUUGACGCUUUGCCGAGCGAUCAAUGCCUUGUUACAGGGCAACAGCGAAGUCUCGCAGCCUGUCCUGAGCGUGCUUCUUAAGGGGUUAGCGGACAAAAAGGCGGCGACUCGCAAGAUCUGGCUUCUCCGUGUAGGUUCUGUCUUCCGCGCCGUGGAUGGCUUGGCCCCAAAUGCUGCCUUGUCUUCCUUCGCGGAAGCAGUUAUUCCAAAGUUCGUCGACAACUUCAAUGAAGUCGUUGCCAAUCCUACGCUGACUGCUCAGAGCGGCAUCAUAGUCGGGGCCUACAUCCUUACUGCUUUGUUCCCUCGGACACAACAAUGGCUCGCUGACUCAAAGGUUGGAUCUGAGCUGUUGAAGCUGUCGCCGCCAACUCUUGCGUUAGCCUCGCCACAAUCCUUCCUCCUCAACUCCAAGAUCUUUAACAAGAUCGCAAUCGAGGAGGACUCUCAUUGGUUCCGUCUUGCUCUAUCUUCUGUUGCUACCAAGUUAGCUAGCAGCAAGUCCAAGGAGAUAGAUCUAGCGUGGGCUGAGGCUUUCAUACAUCUCGUCACAGCCUCCACUGUUCCCUCAAAUGUGCGACAAGAGAGUGCCAAAUCACUUUCCUCCCUCUAUGCUCAGAACCCUAGUGUCAUAGCAGAUGUCAUCAUCAAUGGUCUGUGGUCUCACCUGAUGCAGACUAUUCAUGCCGGGGACAAAGAUUUGGCUACCGAGACGCGCGAUUUGAUCAGGGCUCUGAAAGCGAUUUGCAUCAGCUCCAAGGAACUGGAAGCACUUGGGGGCACGGUCUCAGAAGAGACACUGGAGCACCAAGCUUGUUCCCUCCUCAUUCUCUGCCGAGCAGAGCUGAUACCCCGUGCUUCUUGGAUAGACUCCUGCCUUCGAAUGGGCAUCGAUCCCGGAAGACUUGCCACCAAACACGCUGACACACUACUCAAUGAGAUUAGCGAACGGACAUCAGUUCACCAAAAAGCCGAUGUCAUCCGUACUGCUGCAUACCGUGCUGCGGCAGAGUUGGCUUUCGUUGCUCCAGAAGCCAUCAUCCCCCGACUCACGGACCUUAUCAAACAAGAUCUUGACCCGCAGCCCGUGAGCGCAAUCGGACCUGUCGAUGCCGCCAUCUUCAGAACCCCAGAAGGCACCUGCUUCGUGGAUGUGCUAAGCAAGAAAGGACAAAACGAGCCCAUCAACAAGAAUGUCAAGGAUUAUGAUACCUUGAAAUGGGAAAUGGAGCUGAGAGAGCAGCUUGAAAAGAAGAAAGGCCCGCAACGGAAACUGACUGCCGAAGAGACGUCUAAAGUGAACGCUCAAUUGAAGAAAGAGGCUCAGAUUCGAGCGUCGGUUCAAGCAAUCGAGGCCAGGCUUCUCCGUGGCGUUGGCAUCAUCCACUCGUUGGCUAUUGGGCCGCCAACUGAUGCAACACUCUGGCUCGGUUCUGCCAUAAGUUCACUCCUUGCUGUCAUGGAAGCUGGCGCAAGCCUCAUCGUAGGCGAUGCCGCAUCCAAGGUCUACAUCGCCUGCGCCGAAAAGGUGAGCUCCCGACUGGGGCCCAUUCGACCUGCGAUUGGCAUUGCCACGCUCAGGCUUCGAAACCUGUCCCCGCCGGGGGCAUAUGGAGACGAAGAACUUGCCGAUCUUACGACGAGGGUGCUGUAUAAGCUCCGGUUUGCCGGCGAGCAGCGGCCGUUUGACGCGGUGUCCUUGAUAUACAUCUUCCCGCUGCUCUUCCAUAUCUUGAGAGAAGGAGGUGUCGGCGCAACUCUGGAUGAUCGAGAUACCCAAAUUGUCCUGGCCGUCGAGUUCAUCUCGUUCCACAGUAUCACCUUUGCUGAGGAGUCAAUACCGCGCGCAGAGCUCCUCAGCGUCCUGAUCCUCUCGAUGCAGAACCAUGCCCAACACUACAAACUCAUCAAGGACUGCUUUUCUGACAUUUGCCGGUGUAUCGCACCAAACAUCAGUACUGAAGAAAUGAUGGUCCUUGCCCGGGGGGCCACAGUACCACAGGCCAACGUCAGAACUGCCGUGUUGCAGUCCAUCAGCGCAGAUGUCGACAUGAGUGAACUGGGCUCCAGUAGCGAGAUUUGGCUGGCUUGUCAUGACGAUAUAGAGGAAAAUCGAGAGCUGGGCACGGAGAUCUGGGAAGAGAGCGGGUUUACAAUCACAGCCGAACUUCCUAUGCUCAUGGUGCCAUUCCUCGAAAGCAAAGACGGACAACUCCGCCGAGCUGCGGCUCGUUCUCUUGCAAAGGCGGCGCAAGUCCAUAGGGAAACCCUCCAGACUGUGAUCCAGACGCUCGAGUCCAUCUAUCUGGAAAUGGCCAAGCCAAAGGUCCAGCUACUCGACGAAUUCGGAAUGCCAAAGAAGAUGGACUUGUCAGACCCGUGGGAAGCGAGGCACGGCAUUGCCACCGCCUUCAAGGAACUGGCCGAUGUCCUGGAUUCUUCGCAGGCUGGCCAUCUGUUGGAUUUCAUGAUUCAGUCUGGACCUCUAGCGGACAAGAAUGCCUCUGUUCGAUCAGAAACGCUCGAUGCUGCCAUCAGGGUGAUCGAAUUCCAGGGUGGCAGCAUCAUCGAUGAGCUGAUGAAGAAGUUCGAAUCGACCCUGGAGCAGCCCGACAAGAACAGCGACGAAGCCGACCGUGUCAACGAGGCAGUGGUUAUCAUGUAUGGCGCUUUGGCUCGCCAUCUCCAGCCGGGCGACGAAAAGAUCCCUGUUGUGAUUGAGCGACUCUUGGCAACCUUGAAUACGCCAUCCGAAAUGGUACAGUACGCGAUUGCUGAAUGUCUGCCUCCUCUCAUCAAGGCCUACCCGUCAAAGCUGCCCGAGUAUGUCCAGCAAAUGAUGAACGAGCUUCUGAACUCCAAGAAGUAUGCGACCCAACGAGGAGCUGCAUACGGUCUGGCAGGUUUGAUCCUUGGUAGAGGCAUUUCUACCAUCAAAGAGUUCCGCAUCAUGUCGGACCUUCGGUCAGCCCUAGAGAACAAGAAGGAUUCACACCAAAGAGAGGCUGCUCUCGUGGCAUUUGAAGUUCUAUCUACUAUGCUGGGCCGUCUCUUCGAACCCUAUGUCAUUCAAAUAGUGCCCUUGCUCCUCAGCGGGUUCGGAGAUGCCAACGCCGACGUCAGAGAUGCUUGCUUGGCGGCCGCAAAGGCUUGCUUUGGUAAGCUGAGCUCGUAUGGUGUCAAGAAGAUCAUGCCAACGCUCUUGGAAGGGCUCGACGACCAGCAGUGGCGUAGCAAGCGAGGCGCCUGCGAUCUACUCGGCGCAAUGGCAUACCUUGAUCCGAACCAACUCGCGACCAGCCUUCCCGACAUCAUUCCUCCUCUGACUGCUGUGCUGAAUGACAGCCACAAGGAAGUCAGGGCUGCCGCCAACAGAAGCUUGAAGAGAUUUGGUGAUGUCAUCAACAAUCCUGAAGUGAAGAGCUUGGUCGACGUGAUACUGAAGGCUCUCAGUGACCCAACCAAGUACACUGAUGAGGCGUUGGAUGCCCUGAUCAAGGUCCAGUUCGUGCAUUACCUUGACGCACCCUCUCUGGCUUUGAUCACCCGCAUCCUGCAACGCGGCCUAGGCGAUCGUUCCAACACAAAACGCAAGGCAGCACAGGUGAUUGGUAGUCUGGCCCAUCUGACGGAGAAGAAGGACAUUGUCAUGCAUCUCCCGGUGCUCGUUUCCGGCCUGAAACUUGCAGCCGUUGACCCGGUGCCGACGACUCGCGCGACAGCAUCCAGGGCUCUCGGCUCUCUGGUCGAGAAGCUGGGAGAGGACUCACUGCCGAACUUGAUUCCCGAGUUGAUGCAGACUUUGAAGUCCGAUACUGGCGCCGGCGACCGCCUUGGAUCCGCGCAAGCUUUGAGUGAAGUCCUGGCCGGCCUGGGCACGAGCAGACUCGAGGAGACUCUGCCGACUAUUCUCCAGAAUGUCGAGUCAUCAAAACCAGCAGUCCGCGAAGGCUUCAUGUCGCUUUUCAUCUUCCUCCCGGUCUGCUUUGGUAACAGUUUCUCGGCAUACCUGGGCCGAAUUGUUCCCCCUAUCCUGGCGGGCCUUGCAGAUGACGUGGAGUCCAUUCGCGAAACAGCUCUCCGUGCCGGGCGAUUGCUUGUCAAGAAUUUCGCUAUUCGAGCUGUAGACCUUCUCUUGCCGGAAUUGGAGCGAGGACUGGCAGAUGACAGCUACAGAAUUCGUCUCAGCUCCGUCGAGCUGGUUGGUGAUCUGCUCUUCAACCUCACGGGUGUGAAAGCUGGCGCGGAACCAGGGGACGAGGAAGACGAAAACGUCAAAGAAGCAAGUGCCUCCCUCAAGGAAGUACUCGGUGAGGAGAAGCGAAACAAGAUAUUGUCGACCCUCUACAUCUGCCGAUGCGACACUGCUGGGGCGGUCCGGUCUGCUGCCAUUUCAGUGUGGAAGGCUCUGGUCCACAGUCCUAGGACGUUGAAGGAGUUGGUACCAACUCUUACGAAGCUCCUGAUCCAGCGACUCGGAAGCUCCAACAUGGAGCACAAGGUCAUUGCCAGUAACGCGCUUGGUGAGCUGAUCAGGAAAGCCGGCGAUGGUGUCCUCGCCACACUGCUGCCCACUCUGGAGAGGGGCUUGCAAACGUCCACGGAUACCGAUGCGAAGCAAGGUAUCUGUCUUGCUCUGCGCGAGCUCAUCUCGUCAGCGUCUCCGGAGUCACUCGAGGAACAUGACAAGACCCUCAUUUCGGUCGUCCGCACUGCUCUCAUUGACUCAGAUGCUGAGGUCAGAGAGGCUGCGGCCGAAGCCUUUGAUUCCCUUCAGCAGAUCUUUGGUAAGAGGGCAGUUGACCAAGUUCUUCCGUUCCUACUGAAUCUCCUACGAUCCGAGACCGAGGCGGAGAAUGCCUUGUCGGCGCUCUUGACGCUGCUUACUGAGGCCACCCGGUCCAACAUCAUUCUACCGAAUCUCAUUCCGACAUUGACGACCCCACCGAUCUCGGCAUUUGAUGCAAAGGCCUUGGCUUCCCUGUCCAAGGUUGCCGGCGCAGCUAUGAACCGCCGACUCCCUAACAUAAUCCAGUCAUUGAUGGAGAACGAAAUCAACUGUACUGACGAGGAUCUGCGAGAGGAGCUGGCAGCAUCGUUCGACACUGUGAUCCAGUCGAUCGACGAGUACGACGGCCUUAAUACGGUGAUGAACGUCCUUCUCGGCCUGCUCAAACAUGAGGAUCAUCGACGGAGAGCUGCUACGGCUCGACACUUGAGAAAUUUCUUCGCCGUGUCGAGUGUUGACUACUCGCGAUAUAACCAGGAUAUCAUUCGGUCGCUGUUGAACUCGUUCGAUGACGGAGACAUGGAUGUGGUGAAGGCUGCCUGGGCCGCGCUUGCGGAAUUCACCAAGAGGCUCAAGAAGGAAGAAAUGGAGUCACUCGUUGUGUCGACUCGACAGACACUCCAGCGCGUUGGUGUUGCGGGUGCCAACCUGCGCGGCUUCGAACUCCCCAAGGGCAUCAGCGCCAUCCUCCCAAUCUUCCUACAGGGCCUCAUCAACGGAACUGUCGAGCAAAGGGUGCAGGCGGCACUCGGUAUCUCGGACAUUGUGGACCGAACUAGCGAGGCGUCACUGAAACCAUUUGUUACGCAAAUCACAGGACCGCUCAUUCGUGUGGUGUCAGAACGUGCUACGGAGGUCAAAUCGGCCAUUUUGCUCACGUUGAACAACUUGCUCGAGAAGAUGCCAACAGCGCUAAAGCCUUUCUUACCUCAGCUCCAGCGUACUUUUGCCAAGUCGUUGGCCGACCCCUCAAGUGAGGUUCUGAGGACCAGGGCAGCAAAGGCUCUGGGAACUCUGAUCAACUACACGCCUCGCAUCGACCCCCUGAUCACCGAGCUGGUCACGGGAGCAAAGACCACUGAUCCGGGUGUGAGGACAGCAAUGUUCAAGGCCUUGUACGAGGUUGUGAGCAGAGCUGGCGCAAACAUGGGAGAAUCCUCCAGAUCCGCCGUGCUGUCUUUGAUUGACGCGGAUGCUGACGAGCGAGACGAGGCCAUGGUGGUCACCAAUGCAAAGCUCCUCGGCGCCUUGAUUAAGAAUGUGGCCGACGACGUUGCUACGAGCUUGCUCAGGAACAGAGUCAUCACACUUCAAUUGAGCCACUCUUCCGCACUGGCCUUGAACGCGGUUCUGGUCGAGUCACCAAGCAUCCUGCAGUCAAGCGGUAUAAUGGACGAAUUGCCAGGCUUGCUCUGUGGGGGGAUGAAGGACAAGAGGACAUUCAUUGCGGACAAUUUCAUCCUUGCUACGGGCAAGCUGCUGCUUUCUUCGCCUCCAAAGUCAUUUGAUGACAUCAAGCAGAUAUUCGACACGCUGGCAGCCGUUGUUCAGCCCGGAAACGCUACAGACUCGCGGCGGCUCGCGUUGGUGAUCAUUCGCACAUUGAGCCGGAAGAAUGCCGAUCUGGUACGACCUCAUGUAUCUCUUUUAGCACCGCCGAUUUUCGCGAGUGUUAGGGAUCCUGUGAUUCCAGUCAAGCUAUCUGCCGAGGCGGCCUUUAUCGAGCUCUUCAGUGUCGCGGACGAGGAAAGCCGGAUAUUCGAUAAGUACAUGGCAGGACCAGGCAACGAACUGCCUCCGAACGUGAAGAGGAGUAUGAGCGACUACUUCAAGCGGGUUGCCAUGAGGCUGGGCGUGCAAGCCAGGGAGAGGAGAGAGGCAGAGGGAGGGCAGGGAGGCCUGGGUCUCUCCAAUGAUGAGUUGGAGGAUGAGCGUGAGAUAUGGAGCGUUGGCAAAGUGGAAAUCGACGGAGGCGAGGCGGUUGUGUGA